GAAACAAAAUCAAAACAAACAAAAGUGUCUUGUUCGUCAUUAAUUUUCGUUGCAUUUUACAGUUUGGUGCAUUAAAUCGACGGAAAUCCACAUAAUUUCUUAGAUUUAAGGAUGCUUUCGCAAUAUGUAGAGGAGUUGGAACAGGAUCCCUUCGAGGUAGAGGAAUUCAUCGAGCGGCUCUGCUGGAGAACCAACAAUGAGAUCGGAUCGGAUCAGUUCGAUCCGGAUCUGCUGUACGAGACAUUCGUAGAGACGAUCAAGGAUCUUAAGAUCGUACAGGAGCGGCAGCAGCGAAAGUGCGACAAGCUGGAGGAUGCCCUGAAGGACGAACAGAAGGUGUUCGUAAAAGUGAUCGAUAAGUUUGUCGCGAAGCAUCAGAUCUCGGUGGAUUACUUUCACCAGUUGGACGAGAAGAUCAACUCGGUGGCCGGUAAGGUGAUCCACCUGGGUGAACAGCUGGAAAACGUAAACACCCCAAGAAGUCGAGCCGUGGAAGCGCAACUGCUGCUGAGCCACAUGGAGGAUUUCUUGACGCCGGGGCCGAUCGUGAAUGACGUGUACAGCGACAAGACGAGACUGUUCGAGGCCGCGGACAUCAUCCAAAAGCUGUACAUGAUUUCCCAGGAUUUGCCGGUCAAUCGGUUUGCUAAUGCAAAAAAGAAAAUCGAAGGAAAGUACGACGAGAUCGAGAUGCAGUUGAUUGAGGAGUUUGCUACGGCACAAAAGAUGGAAAAUAUCGAUCGGAUGAAAGAGAUUUCUGCGAUUUUGUCGCAGUUUAAAGGAUAUUCGCAGGUAAUCGAUGUGUAUAUCGAGCAGAGUCAAGCUGUAACUUAUGGAGGACGGGACGUAUUCGAUGGGAUUGUUCCCCUAUGUCACAAGAAUUACAAAAUCAUCAGACAGGUUUUCAAUGCUCCGGAUCAGGUGAUGAGUAAGUUCAUUCUCAACAUUUACCAGCUGAAGAUCAAUCAGUUUGUGCAGACAAAACUGGACGAUCGUAAGGAUGAGGGGAAGUAUCUGAAGACACUAUACGAGUUGUACUCGAGGACGCUCAAGCUCUCGAACGAGUUGCAAGAGUUUAUGAAAGAGUCAGAUGACGAUUUGUUGCAGAAACUGACGGCCAAUAUUUUUUCGUCCCAUUUGGCAUCGUACAUCGAGGUGGAGAGUCGUAGCUUGGAUGCAAGGUGUCAGCUAGAUCUGAAGAAAUUCUAUGAGAAUAAGAAUCAUCAAAAAAAGCAAGUAGAGAGAUUUCAGGAACUUCGUCGCGAUAUGCAAGCAUUGAUUGGGGCUCGUGCAAAUAUCAACAUAGCACAGAUUGAAGACUAUGGAGGGGAAACUUUUCUCUCGGAAGAACUGGCCAUUAAUUUACUACAGCAAUCGUCGUGUGCUUUGGAGCGUUGCUGUUUGUUGUCCAAGGAGGUGGACCUCCCGAGGAACAUUCUGAAAAUUGCUGACAUCUUAUUGAGAUUCUUGCUCCACGAGCACGUAGACUAUGCGCUUGAUUUGGGUCUACAAGCUAUUCCGAUUGCCGAGUGUAAAACCGUGCCCCAAAUCUAUUUCUUCGACGUGGCUCAAAAAUGCAACACAAUAGUUCAUUUGCUGGAGAAGACAUACAAUGCCAGUGUUAUCCCAAACGUCCUGUCAACUGCGCAAUACACCGAUUGCAUGCAAAAGAAGCGCUACUAUUUGGAAUCAAUUGAGAGCAAAAUUGAAACCGGCCUCGAACGUACUUUGAAUGCCAUUUUCGGCUGGGUUAAAACUUAUCUUCAAAACGAGCAAAAGAAAACCGACUUCAAACCGGAAUCGGAUGUGGAUACCGUGGCCUCGAGCGCAUGCUUGUCCGUCGUUCAGUAUGUCAAUCCUCUAAUCGGUCUCAUCCAACGCACGAUCGACGGUGAGAAUUUGUCGGCUGUUAUGACUGAAUUUGGCGUCCGCUACCAUCGUGUGAUCUACGAGCAUUUGCAACAGUUCCAGUACAAUACGGCCGGAGCGAUGUGCGCCAUUUGCGAUGUCAACGAGUACCGUAAAAGUGCUCGCCCGUUGCAGUCACCGCUGGUUACUCAACUGUUUGAUGUGCUGCACGCUCUGUGCAAUCUACUAUUGGUCAAAGUGGAGAACCUGCAGGAAGUUUGCGGUGGUGAAACGCUCAACUACCUGGACAAGUCAGUGGUGAUGAAUUUCAUUCAACUGCGAAGCGAUUACAAGUCGAUUAAGAUCUCCAACUCGCUGAAGGGUAUUUCCGAUCAGCGAAAUGUUUGAGAGAAUGAUUGAUAAUCUUUGAUAAUUUAUUGUAUAAUAUAUAACAGUUAUAUUCCCAAGUAUUUAUGUUUAACAAAAAAAAUGUAUGUG